ACCCUGACCCUGUGGUCCUUCCGCACUCACAGACUGGCAGCAGGAGUCUUUCUGGGUUCCUGGGUUGCAGCAGGAAUUUGGAGAGGUAGGAUCUGGAGGACUGAGAUGCUGCAAAAGAGUUCAUUCAGCCAGGAGCUCAGGCUGAUCGCACCAGCUCUUCCCACUAAACCUGAGAACAUUUCAUGUGUCUUAUACAAUAGUAUGACUUUAACCUGCACUUGGAAUCCAGAGAAGGAAACCAGUUGUACCGAGUACACUGUUAAUGUAAGUUGCAGAAAGAAAAGUUAUUCAUGUAAAUCCAGCAGUUCUACGGGUGCUUCAUGUUCUUUUUUGCAUCAAAUGAUAACACCUCCAGAUACUUGUAGCAUUGGAGUGACUGCUCAAAACGUGGAUGGGAUAAUUAAAUCUGACGUUACACGUUGGCGUUUAAGUGAGAUAAUGAAAUCUAUACCACCUGAGAUUUUAAGUGUGAAACCAAUUUUGGGUGUCAAAAAAAUGCUUGAAAUAAAGUGGAAACCCAAUUCAUCAUCUAAAUAUAUACUUCGAUUCAAGACAAUCAAUUGUACCCAUUGGAUGGAAGUCAACUUCACUGCUGGCAAUAUCUACAAUCUCACAGGACUGAAGGCUUCUACUGAAUAUGGCAUUGCUCUGCGUUGUAGAGACAAAUUGUCAAGAAUUUGGAGUGACUGGAGUCAAGAGAAAACGGGAAUGACUGAGGAUGAAGUUCCACAUAUCCUGGAUCUGUGGCGCAUCUUGAAACCAGUGGACGUGAACGGAAGUAGACCAGUGCGCUUGCUAUGGAAGAAGGCAAAAGGAGCACCAGUCCUGGAGAAAACACUUGGAUACAACAUACAGUACUCUCCAGAAAACAACACUAAUGUCACAGAGAUGAGGACCACUAACCAGACACUUGAACUGCAUCUUGGAAGCGAAACUUACACGGUGUCUGUGACUUCUUAUAAUUCUCUUGGGAACUCUAUAGCAGCUACCCUGAGGAUUCCGGGUGUUCAUGAGAAGUCAUUUCAGUGCAUCAAGGCUGUGAAGGCCUGCCUUGUUCAGGACCAGCUGGUGGUGGAGUGGCCACGUUCCUGUCAAGAUGUGGACACAUGGGUGGUUGAAUGGUUCCCAGAUUUGGACUCAGAGCUCUCUGCCUUUUCCUGGGAAUCUGUGUCUCAGGUCAAGAACUGGACAAUCCAUCGAGAUAAAUUAACACCCUUCUUAUGCUAUAAUAUCUCUGUGUAUCCAGUUUUACAAGACCGAGUAGGAGAACCAUAUUCCAUCCAGGCCUAUGCUAAAGAAGGCAUCCCAUCAAAAGGUCCUCUAGCCAAGGUAGAAAACAUUGGUGUGAAGACAGCCACCAUCACAUGGGAAGAGAUUCCCAAGGAGAAGAGAAAUGGUUUCAUCAGCAACUACACCAUAUUUUACCAAGCUGAAGGUGGAAAAGAAUUCUCCAAGACAGUCGAUUCUAGCAUCCUACAUUAUGACCUGGAGUCUCUAACACGAAAGACCUCCUACACUGUUCGAGUCAUGGCCAGCACCAGAGCUGGAGGGACCAGUGGGCCCAGGAUAAACUUCAAGACAUUAUCAAUAAGUCUCUUUGAGAUUAUUCCUACAACUUGUCUCAUUGGAGGAGGUUUUCUUAUGCUCAUCGUUCUCACAGUGGUCUUUGAUUUCAAAAGACAAAAUAGCAAGUUGGCUCCCCUGUGUUGUCCUGAUGUCCCCAAUCCUGCUGAAAGUAGUAUAGCCACAUGGCUUGGAACUAAUUUCAAGGAUAAAGUAAAUCUGAAGAAGUUUGAUAACUCUGUAAGCACAGAAGACAAAACCCUAAAACCAUGUCCUAGUGACCUCAUUGACAAGUUGGUGGUGAAUUUUGGGAGUGUUCUGGAAGAGGCUUUCACAGAGGAAGCCGGAAAAAGUCAGGAAAACAUUUUGGGAGCAGAAAAAAAUGAGUAUGUGACUUCUCCCUAUAGAUCGGACUAUUCCUCAGGGAAGAGUUUUGAGGGGCCUCUGAAUCUAACUGAGAUUCCUUCCAGAAAAUCUCAUCACCAGUACUGGGAAAUGGCCAAAGAUAUCUGCUCAGAAGCCAAAGAGGAACUGCCCUCUCCUGGUCAAAGUUCAGGACCAGACCAUCUCUGUGGGGACAGAGCACCAAAUCCAUAUUUAAAAAAUUCAGUGACAACCAGAGAGUUUCUUAAGCUUGAAGAAGUUCCAGAUCAUACCAAGAGAGAAGUCUAAACGCUCAAAAGUUCAGUGUGGAUGACUCUUCGCUACAAAAAUUAGCAAGACUUAGCAAGAAGUGCCUUUUCAUCUCCUUCCCCAUGCUGCCUGAGUUAAGCAACAUCCCUCUCACCAUGAGCAGCUUGCUGGGCCUGGCUUUCACAGACACAAGAGUGUACUAGAGAGAAAGCAGGACAUUGAGCCUGAAUGCUUUGGAAGGGAAAAGCCAGUUCUUUUCUUUUGUUCAGAUUAUCAGUUCUUGCUGAGGUUUCCUAACAUAUUGACUCUGAAGGAAGGAUCUAGGUUCUGAGCUCAAAGUAUCCCUGACCUAGCUGGUCUUCCCCAGGAAUGGGGCAAACGAUGUUCACUGCCUUCGCUGGGGACACCCUCAGAGUUCCAGGAGGGGCUGUGCCCGAGGACAGUUCUUUGGUUGGAACCUGGUGGUCUGGUGAGAACCUCAGCUUUGCCCUUACCUGCCAAGCAGUCCUGAAAUCUUUUGCUCAUCAGCAGAGGGGCCAGGAAGCACAGUGGACUUUCUGAAAGGUGUGCCUGAGGCUCCUCAUUGUCUUUGCUAAAUCUCUGGAGCCUGCAGCAACACCCCAGGGUGUUUAUUUAUUUAUUUAUGUAUUUAUUUAUUUUUCCAGUGCUGCAGAAUGAACCAGAGUGUCAUGCAUUUAGGUAGAAGCUCUACUACUGAGCUACACUUCUAGCCCUUUACCCCUACUUUGUAGGGCACUGACUGCUAAUAAACCAAGGAAUGAGAGAAGGUUUCAGUAGUGCACUGAGUGUGGACUCCAGGCUGGGCAGUAAGUCUGUCCCAUCUGCAGGCCAUUUCCCAGCUCUUGCUACCCUUGUGCUAGAGCAGAAAGGCACAAGACCUGGAAGUGACUUUUGUAUGACCACCGACCCCUCAUACUGGCUCACAGCCCCAGAAUGUGUAUUGAAUAUACCCACAAAAGGCCUCUUCUCAGCAGCUGAGUAGGGGCUGGCAAUGGGCAGUGUUCAGCAACUUUGCUGCUUCAUCACAAGGACUUCUGCUUUUUAAGAAGAAGCUUACAAUGUGAACUUUGGGGAAAGUACUGAUUGCAAGAUUCACUUGCUGAGGUCCUGGGAGCUACAUGGCUGUUACUUGGCUCCUACCAUUACCACAGUGUGGGAGAUUACUGGAAAUCUGGUGACAUUAAGGUGGAUAAAGUCAGGGGUGAAGGGCCCUAGAUACUAUGAACCAAGCAUUUCUAAUCAAGAAAGCUGGUGGAAUUUUUUUCUGGAAGAGUUUAAGAAGUUAAUAGUUGGAAGGUUACAUACACACGAGCUUCAUAGUCACAAAAUCAUGUAUGCAAAAGCCUCACUUUACCUUCUUAUUACUAAAAUUCUAACAUAGCUAAAAUUAUUUCAAAGCAAUGGUCACCCAGCUUGGUGAUUUCUGAGUUCCUCUGGCUUUGUAACUCAGUCACAGUUGGGACUGGUUUUCCCUGGGACGAAUUCUAAGAGUGUUCAAUGCAGCAGCAUCCAUGAGCCAGGACUGGGCACUUAUUAGUGUCCUCUGGGAUCAAGUAUUUGUCCAGUUGUGGUUAUGUUGCUGGUCUUGUAUAUGUGCCUGUACCCCUGCCUGUGUCUGGUCACUUCCUCCUCAACUGUGUACUUACUGUGGACAUAGAAGAUGUGACUCUUCUCCCAAAGCUCUCUCCCUCCUCAUUAGGUCUCAAGUGACUAUAGCCCCUGCCAGGCGCCAUCACCCCUGGUUUAUAGAACAGUGACUGCUGAUAAAUCAGGGAACAAGGGAAACCCAAGGCAGGACACUGGGGAAUGGGACCAUUGGGACUCUAGGUCAGUCUUUUAUCCAUCUUUUUGCUUCCUAGUCCAGGAGUAGAAAGGACCCCUCUCCUAUUAAGUGAUAUUGCAGAUCCCAUGGUUGCCCUGCUAUUGGCUCCCAGUCCUAUAAUUGUGGCUUGGGCACUUGUGAGCCUCCUGUCCCCGGGGUUCCCAGGGGCCCAUGUCCACUCUUCACUUUGGAUUUGUGAACUUGUUGAGACGAUUCUAGCCUUGACUCUUGUCUUGGUCUGGGAUUGAGAGGGAAGCAAAGGUUACAUGCUCCCCUCCACCCGCCCCCGCUACAGUAUCUCUUUGACCUCCUGACCAACUCCAGCUGAGCGAAUCUCCAAUUCAGUGGGAGGCAGGUGAAGAGGAAAGGGCCUUGGGUGAGUCCUACCACUUGUGUCUGUCUCCCACCAGCAGAACCUAAAAUUUAAGCAUCUGAUGGCUGGGUAUAGAGUAGGGUCCCAGAUGGCUCCCAUGAGUGGGUUUCAGAGAGGACAGUGUGACUCUCUGCCUCCCUUCCUGGCUCUCUGCUUAGUCAGUGAAGCUGGCUUAGUCAUCUGUUGGUCAGUUAGCAGAUGCCACUCUGGCCCUUCUCUGUUUCUUCCUCCUUUGUCUUACUUCUUGCCUCUGGUCUGCUGUUGCUGCUAUUUCCCCACUACUCCCAGGAUUUCUCAACUUUUCCUGUUUCUUCUCUCAUUUGUUUCUUUUCACUCCCCUCCCACUCCCCAUCUGCCAUAUUUAUUUUUGCUGCUUUUGAGUGGCGAAGAUGCUUUAGGUCUCUACAUUGUCACAAAUGUGCCCCAAGUGGUCUCCUAGGAACCGGUCUGAGGUCAUAUCCAGGGCCACACACUGAGCUCUCCAGGGCCAUAAGGCGUCAAGCGCAGAAGCCACCGGUGAUGUUUUCUUCUGGAUCAACUCACGAAGUCCCACUCCCAGUGUCCUGGAAUGCCUCUCGCCAGAGAAGGCUGUCUACAUGGUCUGUUUUCUGUCAAAGACACCUAAUGUGGAAAGAAAUAUGAUGUGUUUUAACAAACUAAUGAAAAGCAGAUAAAAUUUCCAUUAGAGUUUUCUAGGGCUUGGGAACCAUGUCAACAGCUAAGUUAGUGGCCUCAUAGUGGCCUUUCUUUCACAAUAACAGAAAAAAUGUUUAAAAAUGACCUAGAAAACAGUCUGGAUUAAAAAACAAAAACACAACCCCAGCUUUCUGGAGACAGCAGUAUGAACACAUGGUGAGGGGUUUUGGAAGAGGCUGAAGAUGGACACGAGAGAAAGGACAAGCCUCCGGUCUCACUGCUUUUUCCUCAAGGUCCAACCUGUGUGUUGGCAACCCAUCCCUUGAGGCCCAGCCACCAGGUCCUGCCUGUCUUCCUCCCUGGUAAGGCCCUCAGUUACCACUGCUGUGGGCACUGCAGCCUCCAGCCAAAUCCUGCCCCUGUUUUUGUAGGGCGGUGAGCUAAUAGUCUGGUAUUUUUUAAAUGGCUGGAAACAAAAUCAAAGAAUAUUUUGUGAUGUAAAAGCACAUUAAAUUCAAAUGUUAGUGUCCACACAUAAAGCUUAAUUGGACCCUAGCCAACCGCAUUAUUCAUCACAUCAACAAAUGGCCGUUUUCCCCAACUAAGGCAGAAUUGAGAGGAUGAAAUAGAGACUGCUGCUCCCCCAGAAGUCCUUUGCAAGUUCGUAGACACUUUCUGUGUCUUAUACAUGUGAGGCUCAAGACUGUAUUAUGUUUUAACUUUUAAGUAGCUGCUAAUUAAAAGCAAAUCAGGAUGAGUCAUUCUUGAUCUCUAGCUAAAUAAGGAUGCCUGCCUUAGGCACACACAUUCUAGCUUGCCCCAGUUCUCAUCACUUCCUGUUCCCUGCCUACAGCUGAGGUGGCAAGUUGGCCCCUGCCUAUCACCUACACCAGUGGUUCUCAACUGGGGUGACUUGGCCUUUCAAUCUGCAACUCACACACAUUGGAUUUCUGAAUGUGGUUUGGAUUCCUGAGCGUAGGGGGGCACUACUUCCAUCUAGUGGUUAGAGACCAGCAGUGCUAGUAAUUUUUGCAAUGUGCAGAGUAACUCUCACCAGUAAGAAUGAUCCCCAAGUAUGCCCACAUCAGCAGUGUCACAGUUGUUGACUGAUUUCUGCCUUCAAGGUCCAUUAAAUUAAUAUUCUUAUCUAUUUGUAGUGUAAUCUGUGUGUGUAUUGAUACAUAUUUUCACCUAUUUGCAAGUCGUGUAUUGAAUUUGUUAUUUGCAUAUACUAUUUCAUAUAUAAAAUUCAUGCAUGAACAUAGCAUGGAGCAUCUUAAAUGGCCACAUAGCUCUUCUCUCUGUGCUUGCAUAUUGUGGUUUUCAAGACAUGAAUUGAUAUGAUUGUUAACAUUUUCCAUUAAUAUAGAAUAAUUGCAAUAUACAUUUUUGUAUGAAAUUUUCUUUUCUCGCCUUUCCCCUGUGUCUUUGGGUUGUUUCCAAAAGUGAAUUGGGGUUCAUGAUUUAUAGAUAUUGUGACUUCUUAUGUAACUGUACCCCAGCAAAAGCUACACUGACUUUAUGGGAUUACCAGCAUGUCAGGAAUCUUUUGUCCUGUAUAAUCAGCUGUUCACUGCUACAAACUUGAUGUUGCCUUAAUUGUCUCAUGUAAGUAUUAGUUAUUGACAAGGCCUUGAACCUGAGAGCCCCUGGUGGAUAGCUUAUUCCACAAGUUCUCUACCUUCCACAUUUAGGCUUUGGUGGCAUUGACAUUUUGGUUUCCUAAAUGACCUCCAGCUCCACCCUCAGCUUCCCAUGGAGUCCAGCCUCUGCAUUCUUUACUAGAAGUGAAGGUACUCAAGACUCAAGACUCAAGACAAGCUCUUAAUGUGCACCUCCCACGCAACCUGCCCCUCCUCUCCAUGUUUCAUCUCCCAUUCUCCUUGUUACCUAAGUAGGACAUUUGGAGUCACUGAAGCUCCUCUCUUCCUGUCUUCAGGCAUCUGGUGGGUCACCAGUCCUUACACUCUUCAGUGUAAAAUCUCUUUCUUCAUCAGUUCUUUCAAGUCCAUCCCACAGAUUCCACAACAGUGCAGGCUUUUGUCAUUUUAGGCUUGAGUCUUCCAUCAUCAGCAGUCUCCUUGUCUAAGAUCUGUUUCCCACCCCAUGUUACGUCCAGGGCUGUUUCUGUGCACAGAUAUAGUUCCAUCUUGCCUGCUUCCUCCUCCUCUCUGACUCCUUAGCAUGGUAAUGGGUGGUUUCUUUUACAUUACUGGAUUAUACACUGUAAACAAAGAGGUAAGGACCCUAAAAGUGUUUUACUACUUCCCUAACACAUCACCAUCAAUUUAAAUAAGAAGAAUUAUAUUAUUUUAUAGUUUUGCAGGUUGGAAGUUCAACAUAGGCUAAAAUUAAGGCAUUGGCAGGGCCACUUCCUUUAGAGAAUCACCCAGGCCUCUUCCAGAUUCUACAGGAUGACUUUGAUGCAUGGCUUGGGGCCCCUUCCUUCCCCUACAAAGCCAGGGAUGUUGCAUCUCAGUUCUUUUUUUUUUGUCUUUUUCAUUUUUACCGGUACCAGGGAUCAAACUCACGACUGCCUGCUUUUAAGGCAGGCGCUUAUGCCGCUGAGCUAAAUCCCCAGCCCCGCAUCUCAGUUCUAUAGUCCCAUCUUGCUCUGCCUGCUGGGGCUAGGUUUGGUCCGAGGUCUGAAGCACAUCAUUAAGAACACAACUAAAGCCUCAGUCUCUAUUUGUGAGCAUUCUCCUGAGAUGGGUUUGUCUGCUUCUCAGUGUUCAUGAGCUGUGGACCAGCCCUGUGUGAGAUCAGGACAAGGAUGUGAGCCCAGAAAUCAAUCAACAUAUCUUAUUGCUCACUCUAAGUUCUGGCCUACAUUCACAGCCCAGUUCCUCAGCGCUGGAGACAGCAAACCACAGGGCCAGCUGCUCUGCAGGAACAGGCCCCCAAUCUGGUGUGAGUCACAAAGCCAACCCAGGUGGAGCACACAUUGUGCAGACAGGCCCCUCACCCAUACAGCUAGGCUGCAGCAGCUGCAGGCUCAGGAAAGAACUGGGGCCACCCUUGAUGCCUGGGCCCAUGAGAACCUUGGCCCAUCUGGCAGGCUCCCCUGAGAAGGGAGCCAGGGAAGGUGGAGCCAGACCCCAGUGAACUUUCAAAAGAUUAACAAACAUGCAGGAACACACAGGCUCAGCAAUCUGUAAUAGCUCCAGUUACAGAAAAGCCUAGAGCGCUGGGAAAGUCAGAACCACAACUAGGUGUGUCUCAUUGCAGAGUUCCUGCCUUUCGAUCUCCGUUCAUAGGAAACAAUCAGAAAAGCACUCACAGCCCACUCACAAAUUCCAUUGACCUUUUGAGAUGACUAAUACAUAUUUGGGAGUUGCAUAUUGUUUCUGUGUGUCAGCCUGUGCUGAAAAGGGUGCUGUUUGGGGUGAAGGGAAGGCUCUUCAGGCACAUUGUAGGUCAGGCUUUGUUGUCCUCCAGGAAAAAAUCUGAGUUUCAGGAAAAAUAAGAGGUUUACUGAACGUUGAUUUCCUGUUGAUAAGACACAGGCCUUGAGCCAAUAAAUUUGAGACAGCGCAGGGAUGGAUCUAGAGAUCAUAUCCUUUAAAGGGUAACACUCUACCGAGAGGCAUUUUCUUUCAGACCUGCAGCCACGUUUUCCACUGGACUUCUCUGAUGACUCUAGAGCCCAGGCUUUCGUGAACCCUUCCCCUGCACAAAUAAAACAACUUAAAACAGCAAAACUCUCAGUACAAAAAUGUCUAUAAAAAGUAAUUUUAACAACAGUGGAAUGAAAACUCUAGGCCUGCUGCUAUCUUGGCUGUCUCAGCGCAAGGAUGAGCUUGUGGGAGGGUUCCAUAGCUAAGCUGCAGACAAGUGGUGCCCCGAAACUAUCACCAUCCCUGUGAGAGCUGAGUCAUAUGUCAAGGUCAGGACUUCCUUAAUUAACAAGUGUAGAGCUGGGCACCUAAUGGGCCUGAUUGUUUGUGUUGUGCCUAGAAAUCAGAACCAGUAUGCAAAUUGGGACGAGUCCUCAGUGGGACAGAGCCAUCGUUAUGGAGCUGAAUAUGGGUGGUCAUCAAGCAGUCCCACAUUUCCCACUGAUCUUCCUUCCCACCUUAGAGGUGGCAAAUGAGGGGCAGCAGGGAAGAAGUAUGGAUGGGAAAGGCUUGGAGGCAUUUGUACACCGAUGCCCUCACUCGCCCUAGCCAUACCAUUAAUCUUGGAACUAGGGUGUGGGCCCUUGCUUACCUGCAGGGCCCCUCAGAACUCCCAAACAGAGCUUUCUUUUCUAAGGUUCCCAUACUCACCUUCCUUCUCUGCCUCCUAGCUCAUGACUGGUAGCUGAUGGAACCUGGCAGUGAUUAGGUGGACUGGCUGUGUAGAUCUGAGGGUUUUCAGGAAGUAAGGCUGCAAUGCCAGACCUAGGCAUCCUGGGCAGUAGGGGUGGUGUGGCUCUUCUGUGCAGUGCCUAGUCCCAUUCCCUCAUUUUAU